UUUCAAAAACCAAAAAUUGAAUCAGUUCAUCAAUCGCAUUGUUCCGGAUUUAAUUCAUAUAAUCCAAGAUUUCAACGUGUUGAAAUAUGGAUUCAUCCAAUGGAUGGUCAAACGACUGUCAUUCAAGGUGGUCGACGUUUGUUGAUUCAUUCAAAUACGAAAUUGCUGAUAAAUGAUAAUACUAAUAAUCAUAGUCAUACUAUUCAGAAUAAUAAUAAUUACAUUCAAGGAAAAUCAAUGCCAAAAUUGAAUUCAUCCACUGUUGUUGACUAUGAAAUUGACAAUGAAGAUGAAGAUGAUGAAGAAGCUCAAGCGGAAGCGGAAGAAUAUGCUAAUAUUUCUUUAAUUGAA